UGUUACUAAUAAUGCAAUCAAAGUUAAGCGAAUAAGUAAUAUAUAUCAUACUUUAUAUAUUUAUAUAUCUGGUGUAUCUAACGUGAAGAUAAUUACAAUGAUAAUACCUAUUAAACGUGAUCAAGAUGUACAAGAGUGGGCUAUCGUAGAAUUGAAAGGUGAAUUAUCAUUCGGUACAAAAGACAUUACAAAUAGUCAUUACAUAGGUGAUUUUCAUUUUACUAAAUCUGGAACACCAAUGCUUAUAAUUGGUAUUCAUGUAAUGUAUGGAAAAGAAAUGGCUCUUACAAAGCCUAUCGCAGUUCUUAAAAAAAAAUCUAUUCCUUCGACAAAUCAAUUAGGGGAAGAAGAUAGCAAGACCGAAUAUACCAUUCAAGCAAUAGUAAAUAAGAAAAUUGUUUUUAAAUUUCGACCUAAGCCUAUUAUAAAUAAUAUAGACAUAUAAAGAAAUAUUUU